AUUAAUUAAUUGUGUAGCUUCAUUUUCAUGAAGAUUUAUGUCAGAUCAGUUGAAAACUAAAGACAUUAAUUUCCAUCAAGCUCCCAUAACAAAUUGGGAAUACACUUAAAAGAAUUCAAAUAAGCCAUAUGUAACAAUCAUCAACUAACAUGCUAAAAUAUGACAUUAAUAAAACUUUAGUUCCUCCAAAAGUAGCUUCGUGUCAUAUAAUUUUACUUCCUUAUUAGCUAUAAGAAUUUUGCUCUGCCCUAGGAAAAUACUUGGGCGUUCCCUUGUAUACCAAAUAAAUAAAAUAAAUGUAGCUAAAAAAUUCCACUACUUCAAUGAUGUAGGAAAUUAAAAAAACUAAACAUGUAAAAUAUUUACCUCACAAUAAAAUAAUAAAAAAUAGUGAUUAGUGAUUAGAAUGAAAGAGAAACACUAAUUCUCCCACUUUGACGUAUAUCCACAAUUCUUGUAUCCUAUCUCAGCCUCUUUCACAUUUCCUUCACGUUUGAAUGUGAUUUGGAUGUGUAUGGUUUUAUGAGACAGAAACUUUAACGUUGUUGCACAUGACUAGGGUUUUCCCAAUACAUGAUCAUCACAUUCGUCAUUCGCGAACAUUGAUACAAAGCUUGAAACAUAUCGAUGAUGAUUCUAUUGCAACUUCCUUGGCCCUUUCUUGCCAAUCAAUGCAAGAGUUUCGCGCUGGGGGACUCUUCAAUGGCGGUGGCAACAAUCAUACAGCCUCUACUUUCUCACUUCUAAUGUUAGAUCUCAUUCUUAUCAUCGUCGUCACUCGCAUUCUUCGCAUUCUUUUUAAGCCUCUCAAACAACCUGAGCUGGUUUGUCAGAUGAUGGGUGGUAUUAUUCUUGGACCUUCUGUUUUGGGACGCCAUGGAUGGUUUAAACAUAAUGUAAUGCCUGAAGCAGCUGAAUUCUUGGUGAAAAAUCUUGGAAUAAUGGGAUUCAUGUUCUUUGUUUUCAUCUAUGGUGUGAAGUGUGACCCAACCAUGUUGAAAAAAUCAGGGAAAAUGCAUUUGUACACGGCAUUAGUUGGUAUAAGCAUUCCCUCAAUGCUAACUUUUCUUGUGUCACUAUACAUGAGAAAAAACAUGGACAAAGAACUUUCUAGAAUAGCUUCACUAGGUGUAAUUUCAGCGUACUUUGGGAUCACAACAUUCCCUGUUGUCCAUAAUAUUUUGAAAGAGCUUAACCUUAUAAACUCACAUGUUGGGAGAAUGGCUUUGUCUAUGGCUUUAAUUGGUGAUGCAAUUGGUACAUGUUCAAUUGUAGUAUUUGAGGCUGGGAAACAUGGAGAAACAGGAACAAAGCAUGCAAUUUGGUACACAAUUUCUCUUGUACUGGUGCUAAUGUUCAUUAUGUUUUGUGUAAGGCCCACGAUGAUGUGGAUUCAUAAGAACACUCCAGAAGGGCACCCAGUGGAACAAUCUUAUGUUGUUGUCAUUCUUUUGGGUGUUUUUGUGUUGGGCUUUGUGACAGAUAUGCUUGGGAUGGCAAUUGCUAAUGGGCCUUUGUGGUUGGGCCUUGUGAUCCCUGAUGGGCCUCCUUUAGGAGCAACAAUAGUGGAAAAGAGCAAGACUAUUAUGACUGAUUUUCUACUACCAUUCUCAUUCCUUAUGGUGGGAACUCAUACUGAUGUGUUUGCUAUGAGUGAGAUUGAUUGGUCUCAUUUAGAACCAUUGUUUUUCAUGGUUUUAACUGGCUACUUGACCAAAUUCUUUUCCACUUGGGUUGCUACAUUCUAUUGGCAGUUGCCAUUUAGAGAUGGACUUGCACUUAGCCUUAUGAUGAGCUUGAGAGGACAAAUGGAGCUCAUAAUGUUUGUCCAUUUCAUGGAUAAGAAGGUAACUAAGCUCCAUUAUGUGUAUCUUAUACAACUGUUUGCAUUUCAACUAAAUAGCUCCUUGUAUCUAUCUUUGUUCUUUGUGUGCAUGCAAACACAGAUCAUAAAGAUACCAGGUUUCACAUUAUUAGUGCUUAUGACAGCAGUUCUAACUGCAACAUUCACUCCAUUGAUCUCCAUAGUGUAUGAUCCAACAAGGCCAUAUAUUGUGAACCAAAGAAGGAACAUUCAGCAUCACCUUCCAAACACUAAGCUUUCAAUGGUUCUAUGCAUUCAAGAUGAUGAAAGCAUAAAUGGUCUCAUCAAUGUUCUUGACAUAUCAAAUCCAAAUCCAAAUCGUCCCUUCAUAGUUCACACUGUUCGAUUAUUCGAGCUUGUUGGCCGUGCUAGCCCUCUAUUUAUAGACCAUGACAACCAAGAAAUGCCUUCCAAUUAUCAAUGGAUGCACAUUGUAAAUGUUCUAAGGCGCUAUCAAGAACUUAAAGGGAAAUUUGUGGAGCUAAAGUUUUUCACAGUUGUUUCGCUGAAGCAAAUGAUGUUCCAAGACAUUUGCUUGAUUGCUUUAGAAAAUGAAGCUUCUCUGAUCAUCUUACCUUUCAAGAAAAAACAUGUUUAUAACAAGGGCAUGAUCCAUACUAUAAACUCUCAAGUGUUGAAUCAUGCACCUUGCUCUGUUGGUAUUCUUGUUGAUAAAGGAAGUAAUAAUCUUAUUGAAAUGAUGACUGCAGCAAGAAAUAUUGCUGCUGCUCCUUCUUCCCUUCGUAGAUUCGGACGGCGAUAUGCGAUGCUAUUUCUCGGAGGAGCAGAUGCAAGAGAGGCUCUUGUUUAUGCAGAUAUGAUAGCUGCAAACCAAGAUGCUUCUCUUACUGUGAUUCGAUUCUUGUCCGCAAACUAUGUAGGGGACAAAGAAAGGGAGAAGAAGCUAGAUGAUGGAAUUGUGACAUGGUUUUGGGUUAAGAAUGAGACAAACAACAGAGUGAAGUACAGAGAAGUGGUGGUUAAGAAUGGAGAAGAAACAAUUGCAAGUAUUCUAGCUAUGAAUAAUAAUGAUAAUGAUGGUGAUGAAGAUUAUGAUCUUUGGAUAGUUGGAAGAAAACAAGGGAUAAACCCUGUUCUUCUUACAGGGUUAUCAGAAUGGAGUGAGAGUGAAGAAUUAGGACUCAUAGGAGAUUAUAUUGCUUCUGAAGAUUUUCCAAGUUCUGGUUCUGUUUUAGUUAUACAUCAACAAAUUGUAAGAGGAUAAACAAGUUGAGGUCAAAUGGUUAUGAAUGCAGCACUUUGUUAACUUAACAUUGACAUGGGUAGUUUAGUAAUUUUAGAUGAUAAUAUGUAACCUGUUUUAUUGGGUUUAGUUGAAUUAGUAGAGCAGAAUUAACUUUUAUUAAAAGUAGUAUAAAUAGUACUGUUAG